UGCUAAUAGGCGAAAGCACCGAGUCGGGUCAGGGAGAGGAGCCCUUGUCAUAUCAUGUCUAUAUUGCAGCGGCCGCGGUCAGGUACCUGAGCACCCCCGAUUCGUCCGCUCGUUGUGUAGCUCCUAUAUACCACAAGUACACUUCCUCUCUUUUCCCACAUACUACCUGUUGACCCCGGACUUGCUUUGCUGUCGUCUGGUUUUUGCUCUUUCGAUUCUCUCUGGUUUCUUCUUUCCGCUGCCCUUCACACCCACCUGGGGGUACUUAGCUACAGUACCUACCUAUUUACCUACCUUACCCACCCUGCUUGUCAAACCCUAAACUUCGUCUUCCUACCUCCUAACAAGACUAGUUUGGGGGAUUUGUGUCAUUCUACCCCCCAGGCCAAGGUGACGACACAAAUCUAGGGCCAUCUUUCGAGACACCAAGCGGCAAGUUGGGAACCCCGAGACGGCACAGCAAAGACAAAAGGGCAAAUUAGCACCAGACAACAGGUUAUUUGUCUGGCGUAAUCACCACACCAGCAACAUCACCACAGCACCACCAGCACCUGGCCCAGUAGGGCUGAAAAAAACAACGACGAAAGAAAAGGAAGGGAGAAAAACAAAACAAGACCAAGCCACCAACAACCAGCAACACGCCCAUCCGAACACACGUGACACGGUAUACUUUGAAGACUGCAGGGACUCGUCGACUGGAUUUAAUCUUCUGAAAGUGCACCUUGUCGGAACAAAACAAGAGACUGCCCCCCUUCAUCCUUCCCUCCCUCAUUUGUCUCGAACAUUGUUGACUUGCUGCCUUAUAUUUGCAUUUGCAUCUGAAGCAUUCAUUCCCUUGCAUUUCUUCUCACUGUCGACUCUACCUUGCAUUCAACGGUCUUGCAUUGGGAUACACUGAUUUCACACCUCUCGCUUUCUCCUUUUUUUUCCCACCUCUCUUCCAACGCCAUCUUACAAGGCAUUACCCACGCAUAAACGAGUAGUAGUCUAGACCGGCUUGUCUUCAUUGGUUCUUGUUGCCUUGAGGUCUAGGUCUACCUUGACGGAUCGCUGCCUUGUUCAUCCUCUUAUUGGUCGCACUACCUUCUCUUCCCAAGGCAACCAGUUCACCAUCCAAGAGCUUGUAACCUCAUGCAACGGAGAGCGGCCUUGUCUCCGACAGAUUGAUUGAUCACUCCAGGCUGUCGCCAAGCUGUCAACGCAACUCGACUUUACCUGAGGCGAGGUGGAUUUGCCAAUUUCUUACAAUCGUCACUGCCUUCCGUCCCGUGACAGACAGGGCUGGGCCGCUGUUUGCCGCCAGUGGAACCGCGCGCUCCCUUCACCUUCUGCUGCUUACCUUAGCUAAGGAAGGUACCUAACCUACCCUACCGGGGCUACGUCCGUCCCACAACGACAACCUUCCAUCAUCUGGGAUUCAGUGUCAGAUUCGAUUCGGUUCCGAAAGUCUCGAUUGGACUUUUAACAACCAAGAUCCGUCCGGCGGGUCGCCAUUGUCGAAUUCAAAAGCUUAAUUCUAUCUGGGUGCUAAGCCAGAGACAUAAUUGGGGGCGUGGGAACGAAUUCAAUGACGACAAGCUCGAAUCAACCCGAGGGCCCGCAACAAUACAUUUCAAACAAUAGCCGCCAUCUAUCUUGUCUGCACUGCUACCACAAACUCCCAGCCGUGAAUCCAGCCGCUGUGAGCCAAGCCUGGUAGCGCCGUGGUGGCGAGUCGACCCAUCGGGCGACUUUUUUUUUUUUCUCUCUCUUUCAGCUUUGCACAGCCCAGCCUGGUGUCCGCGACAAAUAUUGCGAUCUCCGAUUUUUUGAACCACCGACGCAGCACAGACACUUGAAACCGGCCGUGGCGGCCCCUACUCCCCUAUUCCCGCCCCUCACUACACGACCCGGCCGGCCGCUAUCCGCCCUAGGCUCUUGUCUCCUCCCACCUCGAAACCACAAAAACCACACGACAUACACACCAUGGAGAUUCCAUCAAGACAUCGCAAUGCCGCCCCUGGUGGCCUGCCCUCGAUGCCUUCCAUAUUCAUUGGCGUCAGCCCUCCGUCAAGGCCAAUCGCUUUCGGGAGCACCUCAGGGAACAGCAAUCGACAACCCGGCUUCUCGUUACCUUCGCCGCCACUCUCGACCUCGAAUCCCAUGGUAAUACCAAACUCUCGUGGCGGAGGUGCCUACGACGACCCUCCACCGCCGCUGCCACCUCCGAGAUUUGUGCCCAUCGAUGGCCCUACCGGCGACCACCCCCAAUAUCUCGAGCAUCGCUCUCAUCACGAGCCCGCAGGAUCUGCAGGUUCGGGCUAUUUUGGAAGUUUGAACGAAAACCUGAAACGGGAUGCUCGAUGGCCUUCCAAGCCGGAUAGGGACGAGGGCUAUGGCAGUUUGUCGUCAAUGGCUUCCUCAAGGUCCCAGGGUUCUCUCCCCACGCGCUUCGGCGUUCACCACGAAAAGUACCAGUUCAGGCCAUCAGUCGAUGCCUACGAUAACGCAUUAUUAAAUAAGCUCAGCUCAAACCGCACCCUUAAUAACCGUUCGCCAACACAAUCCUCCUCUCUAAACUCCCCAACGGGUGACGAACCGAUGCGACACCCCACCGCACCUCCCGCGAACGACCGACUACAUCUUCUCAAGCCUUUGUCUCUCCCAACACGAUCAAAACAGCCUCUUAUGCUGGAAUCACCGAAUCGUUUUACAGACACCCCCAUAUACUCCGCCGUUUCCCCGCGCAGCAACCCCUUCCCGGCGAUCCAGGGCAAUAAAUCACCAAACUACGAGAGCGGUGGCGGAUCUGAUUUUGAAAGAUCGCCAAUACCCAGGCCGCGCAGGACUGAUAGCUGCAUCUCAGUAUCUGACGAUGCAGGCACUGCUUCCACUCAGGGCAGCAGCUACGAGAUGACAGUGGACGAUGUGGACUAUGCCAUGGAGGACUCGCAGCAUGCCACAAAGAAGCGGAGGGCAUCGUCGCCGCCUGGCGACGAACCAGCAUACGGUACCGGCUUUGCGCUGCACUCUUCCAACGACCUGUUGAGGAGAAGGGAGGCCGGUGCAUCACGAGGGAGUCCCACUCCCCGUCUCAGUGUUAUACCUCAGGGAUCGUCUACGUCGUCUAAUGGGAGUCGUAGUGGGUCUUUUCUCAGUUUAUCGAUUGGUCCCUCGGGCAUCGACAGGUUAUCGCCUGGAGGAAUUAGCCCUGGGGGUAUGUCACCGACCGACCCAUCCAGUUGCGGCUCGCCGUUCUCGAUUGCAGCGUCUCCGAGAUCAUCGAUAUCGAGGAGCAACAAUGGCUCAUCUUCUGCGCCGCAGCCCCACCAUCGAACAUUGAGUGUGGAGAAUAGGCUGUCACCCAGAGGCAAGCAGCUUGUGGGUGAAGGAAUCAUGCCAAAGGCUGCUGGCGGUGUGGCUACCAAGAUGCAGGGCUUCUUGAUGUGUCAAUGCUGUCCGAAGAAGCCCAAAAAGUUUGACACCGAGAAGGACCUAAGGGACCACGAAGCAGAAAAGCAAUACACGUGUUUAUAUUGCGGCAACCGUUUUAAAAACAAGAACGAGAUGGAAAGACAUCAAAACAGCCUGCAUCUUAGGAAACACAGUUGGUCGUGUAGCGCCUUGUCUGGAUGGGACCGGGCAUUCCACGAGUCGACAGCGUCGCCUGGCCAAGCGGACGUUUGCGGCUACUGCGGGAAAGAGUUCUCGCGGAGCUCAGCUGACGGCGCAACGGAGGCGGACUGGGAGGAACGCAUGAAGCAUCUGACGGACGCACACAAGUUCAGGGAGUGCAACAGCAGUAAGAAGUUUUACCGGGCUGACCACUUCAGGCAGCAUCUAAAGCACAGCCACUCUGGGACAAGCGGGAAAUGGACCAACAUGUUGGAGAACGCCUGUAUGCUAGACGAGGAGCCGGAUGUGCCUAUGGAUCGGCGCUGAGUGAUGGCCGUCUGGAAUGGAGGACGAGACGAGGAUAAUGGGACAAACACUCCACACAUUACGCCCUCGCGGCAUGUGGGAUGUUGUAAUAUUGGCUGUGGGUCAACCCAAGCCUACUGAGUCAAAGACGUGGUACCCGCACGGAAAACGCCGUAAUAUACCAUGGAUUUUUGGGCUCCCAUCACAUACGGAGGGAAGCCAUCAUGCGACAACAACUUUGAUGUCCACAGUCGAUGGUUAUCAUGAAUUUUACGAACGAUUUGACGAAUAGAAAUGUCAAGCCAAAGUUGAAUACCAGGCGGCGGUGUAAUGACGACCGACGCUCAACCAUGACCUAGAGAGGAACAGGCUCGUACAUAAUUUUUUUUUCCCUUUUUUCGUUGCCAACACCCACGUUUUUAUUAUCUACACAGGAGUAUGGGGCCCGUCCGUACGUACCAAGAUUCUCUUUGUGAUUUGCGGCGCACUGGCUCAUCGAAUUGAGACGAAUCAAAAUAACGCCUUUCAUCUGACGCUAUUAUGCAGUGAACUUGUGUAGGCACCUAUGCGUUGUGGGUUAUGUUGUUAAUUGUUUUUGUUGUUGCUUUCUAACUAACCUUUCAUCAUGGACCCUCUCUUUCCACCCCCCCUCAUACGGUGUACAAUCAAUCUUUGGUCCAGAUAAUCAAAGCAAUUGCCC